AUGGGAACAGCCCUACUCGUCAAUUACAUAUCAUGGUUCGACCUCGACUUUCUCCACGGCCAGACCAAACUAGACCUGUCGAAAGAUCAAUUGUUCUUCUUGACUCCCGGGAUCAUAGAGCUGUGGUUUCGUUCGAUGCCCAUCUUUAUUGACCAGGGAAGCAUUUUCACCGAUGUCGCAAGGCACUCUCCGAGGUAUCAUAUAGAGCAGGCUCUUGUGUCCUGGGGCCAUGAUCCGGAGCGUUUUGUUAGUUUGUUGAUGGGGAUCUGGGAUGAUCCUCGGUAUCAAGGGGAGACUUUCCCUGUGCCGAGUGAUGAGCCGACAUCGUGCGCUUGGCGACUUCUUCUCGGGAUGGAGAACCAGAUACCGCAUCCUUCACCCAAGUCUCCUCCGGCGGAAGAAUCGUGUGAGGAGGAAACACAUAACCAGUCACUCAUUCAUCUUAAAGAGGUCAUUACCGAUGUUACAGACAAGUUCACGUCUCCUACUCACCCCGCUGCUUCCAUGGUUCUGUUAUCCCAAACCGACCGCUCAGUCUUCGAAACGCUCAUCCACCGAAUAUCCCCCCUCAUGUGCUGUGUAUCAUUGGCAGUUGACCCAAUGUGUAAUGGCCUGCUUGGUUCUAUCAGGAACGACAUCGAGGAACUCUUCUUUGGGGUUCCGGCUCUUUGUUCUGGUCCGAUUGCCCGUUGGAUUGCUGAUGGAGACUCGAGGAUUCUCUUGCUGCUGUGUCACUUUUACCGUGCUGCACAGAUUCUUCUGUCGAGCACCAGAAAUUGGUGGGGGUAUAUGAGAAGUUGUGUUAUGGAACGUUUGAUCUUUGAAGAACUCAAGUCUCGGGGUCUUGACGUUGUCUUAUUAAUUUGA